UCGGAAAAGCUCGCAACGAUCCCUUCCACUCGCCUCCUAUCCCCCCAAAGUGGCCAUGACCGUACCGCAUCUCAAACCUCCGUCGGUCCACCCUCGCGUUCCUUGCUCUCUUCCGCCAUGGCGUUGGCUUCUUCUUUCCCUCCUUCCUCCCUCCCAACCCUCUCUCACUCUUCCGGAAGCCUCCGUCUCGUUUGCUCUCAGGUCUCCUUCCCCUCGCCGAGAAAGCCAGCGGGCACGGGCGGCCUGUCGGUGGCCCCUUCUCCGCUCCCCAACGAGGCCGCGCUGAGAUGGAGGACCAAGGUCUCCUUCUUCCCGCCCUUUAUCAAGAAGAAGGGCAAGAGCCGGGAGACGCUCAAGGAUGAGCUCUUUGAGGCGAUCGCUCCUCUUGAUCGCGGCGCCGAGGCCACGCUCGAGGACCAAGAGAGGAUCGAUCAGAUUGCACGUGAAUUGGAAGCAGUCAAUUCAGUUAAGGAGCCACUCAAAUCGGAUUUGCUUAAUGGAAAAUGGGAGCUCCUAUAUACAACUUCUAAAUCAAUUUUGCAAACUCAGAGGCCGAAAUUUUUACGGCCAAAUGGAAAGAUCUAUCAGGCUAUCAAUGCUGACACAUUAAGAGCUCAAAAUAUGGAAACUUGGCCUUACUUCAACCAGGUAACAGCCAACUUGGUGCCUCUCAAUGCUAGAAGAGUAGCCGUUAGAUUUGAUACUUUCAAAAUAUUUGGUUUGAUACCUAUUAAAGCACCUGGAAGAGGACGUGGUGAAUUAGAAAUCACUUACUUAGAUGAAGAGAUUCGGGUUUCCAGGGGUGACAAGGGGAACCUGUUUGUAUUAAAGAUGGUUGAUCCAACAUACAGGGUCCCUGUCUAAUGACAAAGUUCUGAAUAUGAUGCAAAUUUCUUUCCUCGACCGAUAUAAAGCUGCGCAUUUGACUCAAGAAACUUGUCCUCUGCUCUGCAGAUAAUGUAUGUAGCUGGAAAAGGCAGUAUAUAAAUUUUUGGAUGUACACAUCUUUUUGGCAGCAAAUAUGCCGAACCAUGAGGAGGCGAUUCUUGUGACCACCCUCUCACAUUGAGUUUGUGAAAAAGGUAACAAUUAAUAAGAGGAGAGCUUCAUUUGGACUGCA